UAAAGGUUUUGUGAACAACUCGUUCAAUUUGAAUAGGAUGGAGAGAUAUCUUUAAAAUCAGUGGUAAAUAUGUAUUGAAGCACGAACAGACACUUAAUUACAGGGGCUAGCUGCUUGUGAACACAAAUGUGUUGACACGACAAAUAUAUCUUGGAAAAAGAUUGGAAGGAAGGUACCUAUGCAGACAACCUGCUGAAAACAGAACACAUCUAUAGCUGAAAUAUUUGAACAGUGAGCGGUGCCCAUUCACAUACACUUCUGUUGUCAUAACAAGCGCGUGGUGAAGAACGGAUAAGUAAAAUAGGCAUACAAUAUUCUGUGAACUGUAAAAACAAAUUAUUAUUCGAAUGACGAUGAUUUUUUUUACAAUCGUGCUUGGACUUACUAUAGCGUUGGAGUUCACCGUCGGGUCUGAAAUUCUAUUACAAGCGGAGGACAUGCAAGGGGCGUUGUCUGAAACUAUUCCAAGAAGUCAUGCAUCUGAAAAGCAAUCUGUACAUUUAUACACUGGAGAUAGUUUAGAGACUGAACUCUGCUUUAUGACUGACACGAAAUUUACAUUGAAUGAAAUAAGGUAUUCCAACGAUGGUCCUUCGGAUCUGAUAAGCAUCACAUUGGACAAGCUGGUACUAGAUGAGUUCACAACAGUUUCGAAAUCAAACUGGGGUAAGGAAUGGGACGUAUUUAGAUCUCAUCACAGUAGGGUUUCCACUGUUACAGAGGGUGGUCGUCAUAUUUUGAAAGUGACAGUUUUGAGAUCGGAUCAGUACGGUGUUGAAAUCGAUUUCAUUAAAUUCAGUGUAAAUGAUUCACAUACGCUUGACUCUUUAAGAUGUAAAUCAAUUUGUUUUGAAGACACUUCACAUCCAUACUGCUACAAGCAGGCGAUGUCCCUUUCGGGUAGCGCGAGAGCUGUUCAACGAAGUGUCAAAACAAAAUGUGCCGAAGAGGACAAUAUUAAUAUACCGGUCUUUCACGAUAGUGCUUCGUCGCUGAAUUUUGUAGUUACUGCAAGUUUACCAAAAUAUCGUUCAUUUCAAAACAACCGGGAUCCUAACUGGACUGACUGUAAAAUGGUUGAUGCAUUUUGGAAGUACAAAGACAUAAAUUUUAGUGACGGACAUAUUACACAAAUAGGAACAUCUGAAUUGCACAUUACAAAGGUUUCACCGGGAACUUAUGGAACGAAGCAAGUUUGGGUCAUUGAAGUAGAAUUUGAACUUGAAGGGCCUAGCACAGGAUCAGCAGAUUCUGAAAUAGGAACAAUUAUUCAUCUACAAAAUAUUCGGUAUGAUGGCUUUUUGGCGCUUCAGUUCCAAUACUAUGACAGAUACAAUAUCUGGUCUGACAAGCAAGACAAGAUUGUCAUAAACGAGGAAAGUAGUAUCAAGUUUGUAUCACCCGACUUUUCCUUUAGAGAAGGAAAAGGUAAUAAAAUAAGAAUAGAAGUCUACGCAGACUUGAAUUCCCAAAAUAGCAUUACGAUUGGAGACCUUCAUAUGUAUAAGAGGACGCUAAGACCCGACAAGAGCACGACUCUUUACAAGGACGAGGUGACAGUUAUAGAUGGAGUUGAUAUAGAUAUGUGGUGGCGGAUCAAUGAAACCAUGAGUGUAACCAUUAAAGGUGAAAAGCAAACAUUUAAAGACGUUGACUAUAUCAGAAUUUCCCGAAGAGAGACUUGGGCAGAACAUGGCUUUUCUGAAGUAUUUGUUUUAUAUCAAGACGCCAACAUACGACUUCUUCCUACAACUCCACAUGGAUUUGACUACAUACCCUUCGGAUCAUCCGUUAUAAUUGGCCAAACCGACCCACUUUCCAACAGACCUUGUGCACCGAUUUCUCACGUUGACAUCGACCCAAAGUUGUUACAAGUUACUAUUUUCUUUAUGGACAGUAAUGUUGUAACGCAGACAAUACAGACGACGAGGUCAGAGACACAGCUUCAUGUUUCUUAUACUCACUUCAUGAGAGAUGUUAAGUUGCACCCUUUUUUCACAUUCCGAUCUAUGUAUGUUUCAGACGACAAUAACGAUGUUGAUCACAUAAGCGCUGAUGACGGAAUAUCAGAGAAAAUUAAUGAACAAUGGAAUGAACUUCCGGGAAACUUCUUUGCAUUCUACAGAAAGCAUGUAUCGAAACACAACACACAAAGCCCAGACAUCAGCAUGCGGAUAAUGUCGUCGACUUAAAGCUAUGUUUUCAGAAACAGAAAAGACAGUCUUCCUUCGCGUUCAUAUAAUGUUCUGUAACACUUUCCCUCUAUUGUAGUGACAUAGCUGCACUGAACUAGAGAUAUAUCAAAAUCCUUUUAAGCAUUGAGCACAUAGCACGCAAACAGAGACACCUCUACCUGGUUCAUUCGGGAAAAAGCAACGUCAAUAAAUUAACUAAAACUUGUGGGUAAGCACAUUUUCUUAGUGUGCCAAAGUUAAUGGCUACAUUUCCUUCAAACUUGUACUAUUUAAAUAAACGUAUGUGCGGAACUUUUAACAUCUUAAGUUGAUAGAGUACUCUAAAUGUGUUCGUUAAAAGCAGAGUGUGUCGUUAUUUAUCAUGUGUGUGCAUUUUUUAUAGAAAAAAAAACACGAAUUAAGAAUAAAGCUAUGUUGUUUAAAAGGAAGAAGUUAAAAUGUC